AUGGCAGCAUCCACCAGCGACGUAUUCAAAGUCAAUGUUGAUGGAGCAAUAUCGUUAAAGGGAUUGAAUAUAGGUGUAGGAGUUGUUACUAGAAAUGACGAUGGGGCUUUAAUGGCAGGUUGUGCAACACAACUAUAUGGUUAUUUCGAUGCUUUAACAACCGAAUUGCUCGCAGAAAAUGAGGGUUUAUUAUUUGCAUACGAUGCGGGAUUCACUUCUAUUAUAUUGGAACUAGAUUCCAAAAGCAUAGUGGAUUUAAAUGUUGCAAAUGAUGCUUGUUUUGAUAGGGAUGGUACUAUAUUGAAAGAGAUUGAUAUCUUGAAUAAGAGUAUUUCUUUUCUCAUUGUUAAAAAAGAUUUCACACUCCCCUCUCCUAUGGAUUAA